AGCCUUGCACAGGUGUCCCGGCUCCUCCCCUCAGCCUUGCACAGGUGUCCCGGCUCCUCCCCUCAGCCUUGCACAGGUGUCCCGGCUCCUCCCCUUCAGCCUUGCACAGGUGUCCCGGCUCCUCCCCUCAGCCUUGCACAGGUUGUACCGGCUCCUCCCCUUCAGCCUUGCACAGGUUUUUCGUACCGGCUCCUCCCCUUCAGCCUUGCACAGGUGUACCGGCUCCUCCCCUUCAGCCUUGCACAGGUGUACCGGUCCCCCCUUCAGCCUUGCACAGGUGUACCGGCUCCUCCCCUUCAGCCUUGCACAGGUGUACCGGCUCCUCCCCUUCAGCCUUGCACAGGUGUAGCGGCUCCUCCCCUUCAGCCUUGCACAGGUGUAGCGGCUCCUCCCCUUCAGCCUUGCACAGGUGUAGCGGCUCCUCCCCUUCAGCCUUGCACAGGUGUAGCGGCUCCUCCCCUUCAGCCUUGCACAGGUGUAGCGGCUCCUCCCCUUCAGCCUUGCACAGGGGUACCGGCUCCUCCCCCCCAGCCUUGCACAGGCGUGCCGGCUCCUCCCCUUCAGCCUUGCAUAGGCGUGCCGGCUCCUCCC